AUGGAUGUAACUGUUGCUUCAAAUCUUUCAGGUCAUAUUCCUUCCUCAUUGGAGAAUCUAGCAGCGCUUGAGUCACUGGAUCUCUCUUCCAACAAGCUUGUCGGGGAGAUUCCUAUGCAGUUGACUGGUUUGAAAUUUCUUGAAGUGUUAAACCUGUCACAGAACCAGCUUGUUGGGCUUAUACCUCAGGGAAAUCAAUUCAAUACCUUUCUGAAUGAUUACUAUGGUGGCAACUUGGGAUUGUGCGGAUUUCUUGUGUCAAAGACGUGUGGCAAGGGAGACGCACAAGAACCACCAGAAACUGCUUUUCACGAGGAAGGACUUUUUUCUUCUCCAUUGGACUGGAAAUUUGUAAUGAUAGGUUAUGGAUGUGGAUGGGUGCUUGGAUUAUCUGCAGGAUAUAUCAUAUUGACAAUUGGAAAACCAGAAUGGCUUGUUAGGAUGGUUCAAAGAGUAGGCUACAAAAUUCUGAGUCCUACGUAUUCUUUUCCUAAGACAGACUCAUGGAAGGAAGAUUCAGAUUUCUGUUUAUGGGAUGGAGUCACUUGCGAUGGCGUUACAGGUCAUGUGAUUGGCCUUGAUCUUAGUUGCAGUUGGCUUUAUGGUACCAUUCCUUCCAACAGCACUCUUUUCCUCCUUCAACACUUGAAGAGGCUCAAUCUCGCAUUUAACAAUUUCGGGCAAUCCAAGAUUUCAGCUAAGUUUGGUCAGUUCCCAAAUUUAACACAUCUUAACCUCUCUAGUUCAUUUUUUUCAGGCCAAGUUCCAUCCGAAAUCUCACAUCUUUCCAAGCUAGUUUCACUUGAUCUGUCUAGGUUCAGUCUACCUCGUGUCGGUGAACAAGACCCGUUCCAUGAACUGAAGCUUGAAACAACAACUCUAAAAAGGUUAGCUCAGAACUUUAGCGAGGUAGAAGAACUUUUCCUUGCUGGAAUAGACAUGUGUUCAGUUGACCCUGUUCACUUAGUGAACCUUUCUGCCUCUUUGACAUCUCUUAGUCUGGAUGAUUGUGGAUUAAAUGGGACAAUUUCGGACAGAAUUUUUCAAUUUUCAAAUCUGAAGUUGCUCAAAUUAGGUAACAACCCUGAUCUUCUGGUUUAUCUUCUCCUGUGGCGUGUUAAGAUGCGCACUUUGCUAGUGCAACAAGGACUGUUGAAGGCAUUGAAGGGAAAAGAGUAUCUUCUUUCGAAUUUAUCUGAUGGUGAGAAAGAUGACCUUAUGGAGAAAGCACAUAGUGCUAUUCUCCUAGCUUUGUCUGAUGAGGUGCUAAGAGAAGUCACGGAUGAAGAAUCUGCUGCUUUAGUGUGGCUUAAACUCGAAAGUAUUUAUAUGACUAAAUCCCUGACGAAUCGGCUUUAUAUGAAGCAACGAUUGUAUACUCUCAAGAUAAGUGAAGUAAAGAAAAUAGCUACAGAUGAAAAUCCGGCAGAUAUGCUAACUAAGUCAGUUUCUGGGAUAAAGUUCAAGCAUUGCUUGGACUUGAUCGGUGUUCGUAGUGCUUUAGGCCAAUUGGGGCAGUGGCGGUGUCGACAGAGAUUGGUUCGUAAGGUGGAGCUUGGUGAAUUCAAGCCUAAGGGUCAUAUUCCAAGCUCAAUCUUUCAACUUGUAAACCUCACCGUACUUGAUCUAUCAUUAAAUAAUGUUAGUGGCAUUGUUGAGUUAGACAUGUUUUCCCAGCUCCAAAAUCUUGAAUCACUCGAUCUUUCUCUUAAUAGUCUGUCACUGAGCUUAGAGAAUCAUGUCGACUACACAUGGACCAAAGUCCAGUCCUUGUCAUUGUCAUCUUGUAACUUGAGUGAAUUCCCCAAUUUCUUGAGAGGUUCAAAAGCGUUGAAGUUUUUAGACCUUUCCAAAAAUAGAAUUCAAGGCAAGAUUCCCAAAUGGAUGUGGAAUGUGGGGAAGGAAUCUUUGUUACAGUUAUACCUUGAUCAUAAUUUUCUAACAGGUCAUUUGCAAUUCCCAUGGAGGAAUGCUGUAAUUCUCUACCUCCAAUCUAACCUGUUUCAAGGAGUGCUUCCAAUUCCACCCGUUCAGACAUCUUUCUUUUCCAUCGCGAACAAUUACAUAACGGGGGAGAUUCCUUCUUUCAUUUGCACGGAUCUGAGGGCAAAUAAUUUUCAUGGAACCAUCCCCAAAUCAAUUGUGGAACCCUGUAGCUUAGAGAAUCUCAACUUCCAUGGAAACCAAAUGGAAGGGUUGUUACCAAGAUCUUUGGCCAAUUGUAGGAACCUGAAGGUUCUAGACCUUGGCAAGAACAAAUUCACGGGUACAUUUCCCAAUUGGUUGGAAACUCUUCCAAUGCUGCAACAGAAGUUCUUCAAAAUACGUGGAAGGAAGUCGUCAUAUGAUUAUUCAGUAGUUCUGACAAUAAAAGGACAAGAGGUUGAAUUGGUGAAAGUUUUAACCAUAUUCACAAGCAUUGAUCUCUCCAAUAACUACUUCCAGGGCGUGAUUCCAGAAGUUAUAGGAAAGCUUAAUUCACUCAUAGUGUUUAAUCUUUCUCAUAACAACUUCUUUGGUCAUAUUCCACCAUCCAUUGGAAACUUGACCAAUCUUGAAUGGUUAGAUUUCUCAUUGAACAAGCUUAUUGGCAAGAUACCUCGGGAAUUGGUAGAUUUGACAUUUCUUGCCAUUUUAAAUCUUUCCAAGAAUCAACUUGUUGGACCUAUACCUCAAGCCAAACAAUUCAACACCUUCGAAAACAGUUCAUAUGAAGGAAACGUUGGGUUAUGUGGCUUUCCACUGUUGAAAGCUUGCAAUGAAAUCGAGAUGCAAAAGCCCACCAUAGCGAUGAAGGAAUCAGGAAUUGGAUAUGGGUGGAAAGUUGUGUUGAUGGGGUAUGGAUGUGGUUUGAUAUUUGGACUGACUGGUGGAUAUCUGGUCUUUCAAACAGGAAAACCAAAAUGGAUUAUAAAUUUGGUCGAGGGAAAACAGCUUCAAAAGGCGAAAAGAUCAAGGAAGAAAAAAAUGCUUGUAGUCGUUUCGAAAGAAGUAACUAGUUACAAUAGGGGCGGCCUUCCAUAUUUUGCCAGUGCAUUUUGGAAUCAAUGUCUUGGCUAA